AACGACGCCAUCUCUCACAUCAAUUACGUCUCAGUGCAGAAAAUGGCCGACUUUUGGGAUGAGUUGUUGAGAUGGGGUCUUGUGGUCGGAGCUGUCUUUCAACUGAUCUGUAUUUCGGCAGUCAUUUGGGUUCCAUCUUCUUGUGGUUCAUCUUCGGAAGCGCAAGAAUCGGAGGAAUGGGAGACAAAUGAAAGAAAAACGAGAGAAUCGACUGAAUCUCGGACUCAAAGCGCGCGACGAAUGAAAGCAACGAAAGAACGAAAGAAAAGACGAUAAAAAUAAAGAGUUUUUAUUCAUUGAA